CUUAAGACAAUGCGGGGCCAUUAAAGCUGUCUUGCAGUCUGCAUUUAAUGCUGCAAGAAUAUUGUCCUGAAAGCUCAAAGUAUUUAAACUUCAUUGUUUUGGCUCAGUUCACCCACAGGAGUUACACUGGAAGAAAGAGAAGAAUGAGAAAGGCUUCCUGUUGUCCUAAGGAAGGUCUGAACAGGGGAGCUUGGACAAGCGAAGAAGACAAGCUUCUCUCAGACUACAUCUUGGCCCAUGGCCUUGGGAGAUGGAGAAGCCUGCCUGCCAAUGCCGGAUUGAAUAGAUGUGGUAAGAGUUGCAGGUUGAGGUGGCUGAAUUAUCUUAGACCUGAUAUCAAGAAGGGGAAUAUCACCCAGGAAGAGGAGGACCUUAUCAUCAGGCUUCAUAAUCUACUUGGAAAUAGAUGGUCCUUGAUAGCAGGAAGAUUACCAGGGCGAACAGACAAUGAAAUAAAGAACUACUGGAAUACCUACCUCAGAAAAAAGGGCUUGCACAGCAGCCCAAGUCCUGCAUCAAAGAAUAGAGAAGUACAAACAGUUAAAGCAGUUGCAGAUAAACAAAAAGGUGUGGAAGUUAAUGUAAUAAGGACCAAGGCCAUACGAUGCACCAGAUCUCUUUUUGCUGAUGAAGUUCCUGCUAGUGGAAUGAAUAAUUCUGCAUAUUCUGUCCUACCAAGUGCUAUGUUUGAUUAUGACACCUCAGAUUUCAGUGGAAAUGACCCAGCACCUCAGGCUGCAAAAAGUGUUUGUUCUGAGGAGAACAUGCAAAAUUCAGUUUUCCCUCAGGCAGCUGAUGGUUUUUAUAGAAGUAGCGGUAGCUUCCAUGAUAGCUUUAGUGCUACUGCCUCCUCAAGCUACUUCAAUUAUACCAAAAUCUGUAGUACUGUUUUAGAAAAAAGUGAGGAGUUACAUCCUUUCAUGUGUGAUGAUGAGUGGGUUUCCUUGUUGAUGCAUCCAAACAUAUAG